GAAAGAUGGCGGAGGAACCGGAGUCUGUACUUCCCUUUCCUCCCUCAACUGCUGCUGGCGGCGAAGGACUGACAGACGUCUCCCCAGAAACAGUCACUCCGGAGCCUCCUUCUUCCGCUGCAGUAUCCCCUGGGACGGAGGAACCUGCCGGCGACACCAAGAAAAAAAUUGACAUCUUGCUAAAGGCUGUGGGAGACACCCCUAUUAUGAAAACAAAGAAGUGGGCUGUAGAGCGAACCCGAACCAUCCAAGGACUCAUUGACUUCAUCAAAAAGUUCCUUAAACUUGUGGCUUCAGAACAGUUGUUUAUUUACGUAAAUCAGUCUUUUGCUCCUUCCCCAGACCAGGAAGUUGGAACCCUCUAUGAGUGUUUUGGCAGUGAUGGUAAACUGGUCCUACAUUAUUGCAAAUCUCAGGCAUGGGGAUGAACCACAGAAAAGAACAACUUGCUACUUUAAAUGAAUUUCCACAGAGGAACCAGCUCUGAAAAGUUUUGGUGCUUGUGGCAAGAGACUUAACAGAUAUGACUCAUGUAUCUAUUCAUAUAUCUACUGUGACCCAUGUUUAUGUGUAAGCAAACAUCCAUAGAGUGGAUGGACUCACAAAAAUGCGAUUUGUAUUAAUACACAAAUUGUUAUAAAAGAUUGACGUUAG